AUGCGCGAUGCCAACUUCACUGUUUCGUCCAUGCAUGGUGACAUGCCUCAAAAAGAACGGGAUGCCAUCAUGGGCGAGUUCCGUAACGGAUCUUCUCGAGUUUUGAUCACCACCGACGUGUGGGCUCGUGGAAUCGACGUACAACAAGUAUCAUUGGUUAUUAAUUACGACCUUCCCUCAAAUCGAGAAAACUACAUCCACAGAAUUGGUCGUUCUGGUCGUUUUGGUCGCAAAGGUGUUGCCAUAAACUUUGUUACCAACGAAGAUGUCCGAAUCUUGCGGGAUAUUGAACAGUACUACAGUGCCCAGAUUGAUGAAAUGCCCGUCAAUAUUGGAGAAGUUGUUUAA